UCUUUAUCGAGACAGAAGCUUGUCAAGAUGAACAUUUUCUGUUUUAUUCCGCUGCUUUUUUGUCAUGCUGUCUUUGGGCAAGCGAAUCUCUUCGAAAUUCAACCGCAAAUCCUUCCGACGCCGAAUCUUGGAUGCGAAUUGUUCGAGUACGAGCAUGCCGUUGAGCAAGUCGAUAGCCAAGGACGAAAAUGUUGGGGAAAAGUACUCGUGAAUUCGUGUAUUGGGCGUUGCGAUUCGAAAGAAAUCUCGGAUUGGAAGUUUCCUCAUAAGAAGGCGUUUCAUCCGGUGUGUCUUCAUGCUGAAAAAGUCCUUCGCACUCAUAAUCUCCCGAAUUGCGAAGAAAAUGCCGAGCCCGGAACAAACAUUUACGAAUAUGUCGAAGCGAAAUCCUGUAAAUGUCAAAUUUGUAGCCCUGAAAAGGCAAAUUGCAUUGGGCAAGCACCCGCUUCGAAGCCUGGCGUACCAACUUUUCCUUUUUUCAUGAAUGGAAGACGCUUUGAAAGUGCAUCGCAACCCACGUAUUCGUGGUCUUUCUAAAAAACGUCGAAAAAAAUUAAGUGAAAAAAAUUUUGUGUGCAAAAAAUAUUCAAAAAAUUACCUUUUAGAUCAUUCAGGAACCAAAUAA